CUUCAUCUCUCCCCAGCUUUCUUCUCUUCUUCCAUCUCCUCCCAACCCCAUACUUCUUCUGGGUUGAUUUCAUAUUCCUCUCUCCCUUAAUUCCUUUUAAUCUGUUUCCAUAGCCAUGCAGCGCGCUCUCUCCGCCCGGACUUCUGUCCUCUCGGCCGCUUCCAAGCGCGCCCCUUUCGCCCGCUCGACUGUCAACCUCCAGCAGCAGCGUUUUGCUCACAAGGAGCUCAAGUUCGGCGUUGAGGCUCGUGCAAGCCUUCUCAAGGGCGUCGACACUCUUGCUAAGGCUGUUACCUCCACACUCGGUCCCAAGGGUCGCAAUGUCCUCAUUGACUCCCCCUACGGAUCCCCUAAGAUCACCAAGGACGGUGUGACCGUCGCUAAGGCUAUCGUGCUUCAGGACAAGUUCGAGAACCUCGGUGCCCGCCUCCUCCAGGAUGUCGCUUCCAAGACCAACGAGCUUGCUGGUGACGGUACCACCACUGCCACCGUCCUUGCCCGUGCCAUCUUCUCCGAGACCGUCAAGAACGUCGCCGCUGGAUGCAACCCUAUGGAUCUCCGCCGCGGUAUCCAGGCUGCUGUUGAGGCCGUUGUCGACUACCUCCAGGCCAACAAGCGCCCCAUCACCACCGGUGAGGAGAUUGCCCAGGUGGCUACCAUCUCUGCCAACGGUGACACCCACGUCGGUAAGCUCAUCUCCACCGCCAUGGAGAAGGUGGGCAAGGAGGGUGUCAUCACCGUCAAGGAGGGCAAGACCCUGGAGGAUGAGCUCGAAGUCACCGAGGGUAUGCGCUUCGACCGCGGCUACACCUCCCCCUACUUCAUUACCGAUCCCAAGUCCCAGAAGGUCGAGUUUGAGAAGCCCCUGAUCCUCCUCUCCGAGAAGAAGAUCUCCGCUGUCCAGGACAUCCUCCCCGCCCUUGAGGCCUCCACUACUCUCCGCCGCCCUCUGGUCAUCAUCGCCGAGGACAUUGAGGGUGAGGCUCUCGCCGUUUGCAUCCUGAACAAGCUCCGUGGUCAGCUUCAGGUCGCCGCCGUCAAGGCCCCCGGCUUCGGUGACAACCGCAAGAGCAUCCUUGGUGAUCUCGCUAUUCUCACCAACGGAACCGUCUUCACCGAUGAGCUCGACAUCAAGCUUGAGAAGCUCACCCCCGACAUGCUCGGCUCCACUGGAGCUAUCACCAUCACCAAGGAGGACACCAUCAUCCUGAACGGCGAGGGCAGCAAGGACAACAUUACCCAGCGCUGCGAGCAGAUCCGUGGUGUCAUGGCUGACCCCACCACCUCCGAGUACGAGAAGGAGAAGCUCCAGGAGCGUCUCGCUAAGCUCUCCGGCGGUGUUGCCGUCAUCAAGGUCGGCGGUGCCUCGGAGGUUGAGGUCGGCGAGAAGAAGGACCGAGUCGUUGACGCCCUGAACGCCACCCGCGCUGCCGUUGAGGAGGGUAUUCUCCCCGGUGGUGGUACCGCUCUUCUCAAGGCCUCCGCCAACGGUCUCGGUAACGUCAAGCCCGCCAACUUCGACCAGCAGCUCGGUGUUAGCAUCAUCAAGAGCGCAAUCACCCGCCCCGCUCGCACCAUCGUUGAGAACGCUGGUCUCGAAGGCUCCGUCAUUGUCGGCAAGUUGACUGACGAGUACGCCAAGGACUUCAACCGCGGCUACGACAGCUCCAAGAGCGAGUACGUUGACAUGAUCGCUGCCGGUAUCGUCGACCCCCUGAAGGUUGUCCGCACCGCUCUGGUUGACGCCAGCGGUGUUGCCUCCCUCCUCGGUACCACCGAGGUCGCCAUUGUCGAGGCCCCUGAGGAGAAGGGCCCCGCCGCCCCUGGCGGUGGCAUGGGUGGUAUGGGUGGUAUGGGCGGCAUGGGCGGCGGCAUGUUCUAAAGCCUCUGACCCUUCCCCCAUCCUCUGAAGAAUUACCAUCGAGCGUCUUUGCAUCGUAGCCUGUUCUGAUACUACUUGAAUCUGUGUAAUGUCUUUUCUUGUGUCUCUACUUGGUGUUGUUUUUUUGCCUUUUUCUAUACCUGUAUUCUCAUGGACUGUUCUCCCUCUCCCAUCUCCCCUCUUGGAGCCUGACAAAAGAGUUCCACAUCUGUACUAUAUCAUGUAUACCAUCAAUGAACUCCAUCUGAUGCAGUUCCAUUACGAGUCCCUUGCAGUGCGCUCGAAUCCUGUCUCGAUUGGCCGGAAGUAAUUUCCGUCUGACACCAAUGUAGCAGCAGCAAAUCGUCUUGGCUCUCAGACUCGAUCAGCAGGAUCGACAUGUGUUCCGAGAUUGGUUCUAAGACCCUCAAAUGUUAUAGAUCGUAAA